AUGCAGCCUCACACUAUAGCUGAAAAUUUAAUAUUACCAGCUUGCAAAGAAAUUGUAAAAUCAAUGUUAGGUGAGAGUGCUGAGAAGGAAGUUUCUCGUGUUCCAUUAUCAAAUAACAUAAUAUCUCGAUUAAUUGACGAUAUGUCUUCCGACAUUCAAAAACACGUCUCUGAAAUUUUAUGUGAUGACCGAAAAUUUUCAUUACAAAUUGACGAAUCGACCGAUAUUAGUCAAAAAUGUCAAUUAUUAAGUUAUAUACGAUUUAUUGAAAACAAUGAGGCUAUCGAACAAUUUUUAUCUGGUACUGAAUUAUUCACAACAUCGACCGGGCAAGAUAUAUAUAAUUGUGUCAGUGAUAAUCUACAAAAAAAUGAACUGUUAUGGACAAAUUGUAUUUCCGUAUACACAGAUGGAACUCCUGCAAUGACUGACAAAUUUAAAGGCUUUGUUUCGAAAUUAAAACAAGAUUUUCCAAAUAUUAUUUCAACCCAUUGUUUUAUACAUCGUGAAGCUUUGAUGAUUAAAUCGAUUCCAGAUGAGCUUAAAAAUGUUCUUGAUUUGGUAAUUAAAAUGAUAAAUUAUAUUAAAUCAAGAGAUCUUAAAACACGAAUUCUCAAAAAAAUGUGUGAAGAAGCUGGUCUCGUUAUGAAGUUUUAG